CAACAAAAUGACUGAAACCCAAAAAAAUCCUUUCGUGGAAGCAGGAUAUGGAAAAGAAGCAAAUGAAGAUCAAGAAAAGAAAGACAAAGUGACUCAAACACCAAUAAAUCUAGACAAUGUAUUGACUAAUGAGCUGGGUCAAUUUGGCUGGUUCCAGUUAAGAAACAUACUUUUCCUCGCUAUACUUCUCAUAGUUAGUAGUUCAGCGGGUGAAUAUAUAUUCUCAGCAGCAGCUACCCCUCACAGAUGUCGUAUCCCAGAAUGCGGUGAAGAUGGAAAAUUUUACGCAAUGGAGCCUGAAUGGAUUAGAAAUGCAAUUCCAGAGACUAGUUCAGGCUUUGCGAGUUGCGAAAGGUAUGCCCCUGUGGGAACUAACGGGAGCUUGGACUACUGCCCUGCCAACCUGUUCGAUCAGUCCAACACUGUUGCUUGUGAAGGUUUUGUGUAUGCCAGAAAUAAUACAGUUGUGUAUGAAUUUGAAAUUGGAUGUAACGAGUGGUUACGAGCAUUUGCAGGGACUUUAUACAACACUGGGAUGCUGCUCGCGUUACCUAUCGCUGGGUAUGUCUCAGAUCGCUUCGGCCGGAAGACAGUAUUGAUCAUCAGUGUAUUCAACCUGAGUCUUUUCGGCUUCAUCCGUGCGUUCUCUGUUAGCUACGCCAUGUACUUGUCCCUGCAGAUUGUGCAGACGACUCUUGGCUCCGGAGUAUAUAGUGCCGCGUUUGUUAUUGCUUCUGAGCUCGUUGGGCCAAAAUAUCGUGUUAUCACAGGCGUGACUUGCUCAGCAAUGUUCGCGCUAGGCGAAGCACUGUUGGGAAGUAUCGCGUGGCUCAUCUCACCAUGGCGAUACGUGGUCAUGGCAACAGCCGUCCCAUGCGUACUAUUUGUUUCAUACUACUGGCUUAUCACAGAAAGCUUAAGAUGGCUAUUGUCGAAAAAAAAGUACGCAGAGGCUAAAAAUGUAUUGCAUACUAUUGCGAGAGUAAAUAAAACACAAAUAAGUGAUAAGUCUAUAGAAGCACUGUUUAACCCUCCACAACCCAUGAUUACAACAACUAGCGCUAAGAAACUUGGAUUAGUUCGCACUAUAAUACACUCUCCAACUUUGCUUAGAAGAGUUUGCACGACACCGUUUUGGUGGAUGACAAUGACGUUUGUCUACUACGGCCUGUCCAUCAAUUCUACCACUCUCUCCGACACCAUGCAUAUGAAUUAUAUCUUGACGGCUCUUAUCAGCAUUCCUGGUUUUUACACAGCUGCUUUCUUCUUGGAUAAAAUUGGUAGAAAAGCUACUGUGACCUCCGCUUACUUCAUCAGCGCUGCUUGCAAUAUCAGUUUUGUCUUUAUACCCAAAGAGUUUACCAUUCUUUGCCUAAUAAUAUAUCUCCUUGGAAAGUUUUGUAUCGCGUCGGUAGCGACGUCACUAUAUCUGUACACAUUGGAACUAUAUCCGACUGAGUACCGACAUACUCUACUCGGCUUCUCAUCUAUGAUUGGUCGUAUUGGAUCUAUCUUUGCACCAUUAACACCAGCUCUUAUGACCUAUUAUCAUGGGCUACCGUCGUUGCUGUUCGGAGGUAUGGGCGUCGUCGCUGGUCUGCUGGUGCUCACGCAGCCGGAGACCCUGGGCUGUAACAUGCCCGACACCCUGGCUGAGGCGGAAGCCAUCGGGAAACCAGAAUCCCGAACAAUGACAACCAGUUUAUCUACUUGAUAUCA